GGGCGGCGGGGGCGGGGAGCCAGGACACCGGUGGAGUGCGUCCCCGGCGUUCGUCGCUUGGGGAGCGGUUCAGUCCUCGACUCUGGUAGCCUGCCUUCGGGUCGGGCGUCUUCGUCGGUGACUUUCGCUUCGGCCCUGCCGGUGUGGCCGCGAGUCGGGUUGCACUGCUGUGAUCCGUCAUCAUCUCCUAAAGAUGCAUCCUGACUUAUCUCCACACUUGCACACUGAAGAAUGCAACAUCUUGAUUAACUUGCUUAAGGAAUGUCACAAAAAUCACAACAUUCUGAAAUUUUUUGGUCAUUGUAACGAUUUUGAUCGGGAGGUGAGAAAAUGCCUGAAGGAGGAGUACAUAGAAAAGAGGAACAAGAGCAGGGAGCAUGGCAUUGCAAUGCGAAAGAGAUUUAUUAAUCUUCCAGAGGAAUCCGAAAAAUAAAUUGUAUUUUCACUGGAUGCCUUGGCUGAGAGAAGACCUAAAGACUCUGGGUUGAUACAUGAAAUGGUCCUGUCUUAUUUGGUCUCCAGAAUGCUUUGAAUGGAAAGUGACCUGUGAGAAAUUGAACCAUGGAGAAAUACGAAAACCCUGGAUUCUGAAUAUUUGUUGGGCAGAGUGUUUAGUACCAUCUCCCCUUUACCAACAAACCUGACUUCACCAUGUUUCUUCCCUUUGCCUACAGCCAGUUAAUAUCUGAGUAACUAAUCUCCGUCAAUAAAAUAAUUUAUUCAAAUA